UGACAAUCCCUCGCAAGCCACACCUCCGAAUUCAGAAUACCUUUCACUUUCAUUUGGGAAUCUGGGAAUCAUUUGAAUCGUUAUGGAAAAUUCUAGGAUACGUGAAAAAAAAUACGUUUUUCUUAUAUUACUUAUUUUAUUGGAUUCAGUAUUUGGUGAUACCCCAGUCAUAUAUGGUGAACUUAACGGAAACAUCACACUACGACCAGGUGUCACAGGAACUAUAAAGGACAUCCUCUGGAAACACAACGGUGACAAAGCAGCAGAGUAUAAUAGGCCAGAUCCAGUCCAGUCAUUCAGGGAUUUCCAGCAGCGGGUCAUCUUGAACACAAAUACUGGUCACCUUACGAUUGCAAACCUCAACUAUAAUGAUAAUGGUGAAUACAAGGCUGAAAGUCAACUGGAUGAAAUACAACAGCUACAGUAUUACAUCGUUAAUUUGACAGUCAUUGAGCCCAUCACAAUGCCCACAGUGCGAUGUACGAAGAACGAGACCACAGCAAGACUUCUCUGCAGUGCAGAAGGUCCAGACCUCCAGUACAGAUGGGAGGGGGGUAGCAUCUCAAAGCUCACUUGGUCUCCUGAGCCGACAGAGCUAGUCAUCAUGGAGGAGGAUGAUCCUGACGGGGUCUACAAUUGUGUUGUGAGGAGUAAAGCUAGCAGCCGGAGCAGCGAAGCCUAUAAAGCUGCAGAAUGCUUUGCGGGCUCAUCUGUUUCCCCCGGUAUCAUAAUUGCCAGCAUCUUGGUUCCAGUUGUUUUAUUGGUCAUUGCAAUUUGUUUCAUAUAUCGUCGACAUAAACAAGGUACAAAUAGAAAAUACCAGGAAGUAGACCAGCAGAAAACAGAUAUUGAAAGUAUUGGAAAUACGAACAUUCAAGAUCCAAAAUCCUCUGGCAUCUAUACUCCCAAAACAAGCUGUAAGACUGAAGAGGGAACAAAUACAGAAACAGGAGAGAGAAAGGCAAUUUCAGGAAGUAAUAUGAAUGAAAUGGGCCUGAAAGAUAAAGAGAAACAAACACAUGAGACAGAGAGAGCUUCCAACCAGGAAGGGAAAGGAAAUGUAAAAUAUAAGAAUCCAUGUGAGGCAAAAGAUGAUAAGAAACCAAAUCAGACAGAUGAAGAGAAAGAAGAUUUACAGCAAAAUGGAACAACACGAAGAGAUGUGAAACAGGAAGAGAAGAAUCCCCUAGUGGUAAAUAAAGUUAAGAAUGAAGUAAAGAAAAUUAAUCUGCAAGUGGAACAUAAAGAUCAGAAAGAGGAAGAGAAGAAAAUAGAUCCCCCAGCUGAAGGUAAAGAUCAGAAAGAGGAAGAGAAGAAAAUUGAUCCCCCAGCUGAAGGUAAAGAUCAGAAAGAGGAAGAGAAGAAAAUUGAUCCCCCAGCUGAAGAUGAAGAUCAGAAAGAGGAAGAGAAGAAAAUUGAUCCCCAAAAGGAAAACAAAGAUCGUAAACUUGAGAAGAAAACAGAUCCCCCAGCUGAAGAUAAAAAUCAGAACGAGAAAGAGAAAAUAGAACCCCAAAAUGAAGGUAAAGAUCAGAAAGAGGAAGAGAAGAGAAUGCAUCCACAAGUGGAAAAUAAAGAUCAGAAAGAGAAAGAGAAAAUAGAACCCCAAAAUGAAGGGAAAGAUCAGAAAGAGGAAGAGAAGAGAAUGCAUCCACAAGUGGAAAAUAAAGAUCAGAAAGAGGAAGAGAAGAAAAUAGAACCCCAAAAUGAAGAUAAAGAUCAGAAAGAGAAGAAAAUAGAUCCCCGAGAAGAAAACAAAGAUCAGAAAGAAGAAGAGAAGAAAAUGGACCCACAAGAGGAAAACAAAGAUCAGAAAGAGGAAGAGAAGAAAACAGAUCCCCAAGUGGGAAAUAACGAUCAGAAGGGGGAAGAGAAGCAAGGAGAAAUAUACAAAGACUCAUAAAACAGGAAGAUAUUGUGAAGCAGGAAGAAAUUCAGGGAGAUAUUAUACAUAAAACUUUAAGUGCAAUUGCAACUGAAGAUCGAUUUUUACCUGUUUUGGAAACUUGUCUAGCACAAUCUGCCAUCUGCUAGGUAUUUACAGAAGUGAGAAUGAAGAUGGACAUUGAGGGUGUUGAAGUUUCCACCCAUUUAGGGGGAGACGUGAUUAUUGGGGGCGGCGGGGGGUUGUAUUGGCUGGUUCUAUUUAUUGGGAGAGUUACAUGUAAGAACCCUCCAUCUCUGCUAGGUAACACUAAGAUACUUAUUUACUAGAGUAUAAAACAAGAAUAUGUAUCAGUUCAACUAAAUAAUCAUGGUAAUAUAUAGGGUUUUUUAUGUGUAAUUAUUUGUGAAUUGUGAAGCUUGCAUAUAGCCACUUUUACUGAAUGUGAUAUUGGGUGCUAUUUUCCACAAUAGCGGCGUCGUUUCUGAGAUUUGUUGUGACUGCUCGAUGCACUGACAAACACACCACUGUACCUUCCAAUAAAUAUGUCAGUGUGUCUCACUGGUUCACUGUU